AUGGAUCCUGGAGUGACGCUUGACAAUGAACAGGGAGAACUUCUUCAUGAUCCAGAGAAGUAUCGUCGGUUAGUAGGCAAGUUAAAUUAUCUUACCAUUACCCGUCCGGAUAUUUCAUUUGCUGUUAGUGUGGUGAGUCAGUUUACGAGCUCUCCUCGUACUAAUCAUUGGCAAGCUGCUCUACAAAUUGUUCGAUAUUUGAAGAGAGCUCCAGGUCAAGGACUUGUGUUCCAUAAUCAAGGUCAUCUUUGUAUAGCUGGUUAUUCCAACCCUGAAUCUUUGGAGGUGACAGGAUAUUCUGAUGUAGAUUGGGCUGGUUGCCUUAUGGAUCGCCGGUCUACUUCGGGAUACUAUGUAUUUCUUGGUGGUAAUCUUAUGUUGUGGAAAAGUAAGAAACAGUCUGUUAUUUCCCGAUCUAGUGCAGAGGCCGAGUAUCGUGCUAUGGCUAAUGUUACCAGUGAACUUCAAUGGGUUCGUAUAUUGUUAGCUGAGAUUAGACUACCUAUGACCGGAUCAUCUAUUUUGUGCUCUGAUAAUCAAUCUGCUAUUCAUAUUGCUAGCAAUCCAGUGUUUCAUGAGCGAACGAAGCAUAUAGAGGUGGAUUGUCAUUUUGUUCGAGAAAAGGUGAACUGUGAAGACAUACGGUUGGUACACACACGUUCUAAAGAGCAACUAGCAGACAUUUUCACAAAGCCUCUUCGACGUGGACGAGUUUCAUAUAUUUGUCAUAAGUUAGGACUUUUUGAUAUGUAUGCUCCAACUUGA